AAAAAUCAAUUUCUGAAUUUCUCUUCUUCAGCUUUUGUUGAUUGAGUGUGCGUGCAGACAUUAGAAACAAAGUUUUGGCCGAAUAUUUUCCAUACAGUAAACAGCUUACGCAGUCACAAACCCUCAAGCUAUUGACAGAAAAUGUCUGAAGACGAAGUGGAAAAAUGGACGAGGGAGGUGAGGACCAAAGAGAUACAAAUGUCGCCAAGUUGUUCGAGCUUUGAAGUCUUGGACCCACACGACCCCAUCAUCAGUCGGCUUGCAACGCAGCUGUUCAAGCGCACCAAUGACUACUUGCAAGGAGAAAUGUCUGCUGGACAGGAACACUACAACUUGUUGGAGGACAUCAACAGGCUGACCAUCACCAAGUACACUGACCUCAGGAACUUGGCAGUCAACCUGAACAAAACUCUCACGGAGUACAACGAGAUGUAUCAACAGCAGAUCAAGCCGCUCCUCAUGCAGAUUGACCAGAUCGACGCUCAAGUGUCGCAGUUCGAGGUGACCGCUUACCGGCUCGAUAGUUACACCAAACAGCUGAAGGCCCGAUUCAAGGAGGAGGAGAAGUAAUGAUCAAGCAUUCGUCACACAGGAUGCGGUUAAAGGUAGCCUAUAGAACUAAGCGUCACAGACGCAGUCUUUAGCUUUGGUCUUGUGCCACCAACGCCGCGUCACUUACUCGCUUCGUAAGGCUACCUUUAA